GCUAUAGAGCUGGUGUGUGGUACACCAGCCAAUCCGCUUCCAUUGCUCGGGCGCUGCAACCCUUCUCUCUCUCUCUCUCUCCCCCUCUCUGUAAUAAGAGAAAUAAGGAAAAGGAAACAUCAUCACCUCAGCUUUUCUUCAAUCUCUUGCUGAAAUCUUGUCGAUCACUAUGUUUAUGUCAAGGAUUCUUGGGAGGACACUCUUUGCUGCAGCCAAAUCGGAGGCAUCUGCUUCUGCGGCCGCUGCCGCUGCUUCUGCUAGGACAACCUACAACCCUCUUGAGGAGUUCUUUGAGGCAGAUAGAAGUGCAGAUGAGGACAAACCUGUUGUCUAUGGUCGAAGUUGGAAGGCUUCUGAGUUGCGUCUUAAAUCUUGGGAUGAUCUUCAAAAGCUGUGGUAUGUUCUUUUGAAGGAGAAAAACAUGCUUAUGACUCAGCGCCAAAUGCUUAAUGCGCAGAACUUACGAUUUCCUAAUCCAGAGCGUAUCCCCAAGGUACAUCCUACCUUCGUUUGGUUGGAAAGGUAUCCUGUCUGUACCCAACUUCUUUGUUGUUGGGACUGCCAUCAUGCCAUGUUCUUACUUUUAGAGGUCGCUAAUCCCACAGAUCUGUACAGGCAGCCCCUACAGCAUGCUACCUAUUAGCUAAUGUUAUGCAAG